AUGGGACGAAACUAUAAACAGAUCACGCUUGCAGAACGGUGCCAAAUUACCCAGCUACACGCCGCCGGGUGCAAGAUCCGGGAAAUCGCGGCAGCUCUGGAUCGCGCGCCAUCAACGAUCUCUCGGGAGUUGAAGCGCAACGGGUCGCGGACCAAGGGCUAUGAGCCCAGCUAUGCCCAGCAGCAAGCGCGGGCCCGGCGCUGGAGUGGUUCCCGGUUAGAGCGGGAUCAGGGGCUGCGGGAGGCGGUACUUUCCCGCCUGGCCCAGGGCUGGUCGCCAGAGCAGGUGUCGGGUCGAUUGGCCCGGGAAGCGGGUCACCGGGUGAUCUCCCAGGAGAGCAUCUACCGGUUCAUCUACGCCCAACUGGCCCGUACCAAGGACUAUCGCUGGCGACACUACCUACCACGGGCCAAGUCCAAACGGGGCUACGAGAGUCGGCGGGGCGGGAGAGCCCCUGAAAAAGAAACCAGGGGUUAG